AUGUUAUCCAAAUCAAUUAUUAUUAAUCACAAACUACCUUUGUUGUUAGCUGCUAAAUCAACUACUACAAGUUUUAUUAGAUUGGCUUCAACAUCAACAGCUACUUCGUCACCAAUUAGAAAAGAAGAUCAACCAAAACAAGAAGUUGUAGCUGAUAAUGGUACCCAUUACGUCAAACUUUCUAAAGAAAAAGAACUACCAGUUGAAAGAUUAUUUGAUAUUUCGACUAAAGUUUAUUCACCAACUGAUGAAGCAUUACAAGAUGAUACAAAAUUUAUAACUCAUCCAUUAUAUCCUCAUCCAGUUUGGACAUUAAAAGAAUGUGAAAAAGUUGGUAUUACUCAUAGAGAACCAAGAACUAUUGGCGAUAAAAUUUCAUAUUAUGGUACUCAAUAUUGUAGAGGAUUAUUUGAUAUUUUUACUGGUUAUAAAGAAGCAAACGGUGAUUCAUAUAAAUAUAAAGGUACAAGAUAUUUUAUGAAUGAUUCGAAAUUUAUAACAAGGUGCUUAUUUUUAGAAUCAAUUGCUGCUGUUCCUCCAAGUACUGCAGGUUUUCUUAGAACUUUACAUUCAAUUAGAUUGUUAAGAAGAGAUAAAGCUUGGAUUGAUACUUUGGCAGAUGAAGCAUAUAAUGAAAGAAUGCAUUUGUUGACAUUCAUAAAAGUUGGUAAACCAAGUUGGUUUACAAGAACUAUGAUUUAUUUAGGUCAAGGUGUUUUUACAAAUAUUUUCUUUUUCACAUAUUUAUUAAAUCCAAGAUAUUGUCAUAGAUUUGUUGGUUAUUUAGAAGAAGAAGCUGUUAAAACUUAUACACAUUUAAUUGAUGAUUUAAGUAUUCCAGGUAGAUUACCAUUAUUAGAAAAGACUAAAGUUCCAAAAAUUGCUCAACAAUAUUGGCAUGGAUUAAAUGAAAAUUCAUCAUUUAAAGAUUUAAUUUUAAAAAUUAGAGCAGAUGAAGCUAAACAUAGAGAAAUUAAUCAUACUUUUGCAAAUUUAAAUACAACUGAUAGAAAUCCAUUUGCUUUAGAAAUUAAAGAUUUUCAUGAACCUCAACCAAAUGACGGUUUAGAAGUUACAAGACCAACUGGUUGGGAAAGAAAAGAUUUAUACUUAUAA